CUGACAAUUAUGAAAACUACUUAGCAAAUCCCUAAAGUAGCAAAAACAAAUAAUACUAAUAGCUCUUCCGGUAUCAGUCAAGACCAUGAAACUGUCCUCAAUAAGAUUUCCGUUUUUCCAAAUUCGAGUUCGGAAUAAGAGCAUGGACCAAGAUGUCCCACAGUGUGAUUCUAUUGACUUGUACUGUCAUUACUUUAGUAAAACGCCUCCCAUACUUAAAACGACGAUAAAAAAUGUUAUUUACUUUUUCUUUCCUAUGAAUUUACAAAUAAUGGAAAAAUACUUUGUGUAUCGUACCUUUUAUUUUGAAAUGUUUGAAUACAUCAACCGGAAAUGAGCUUGUCCGUUGAGGCUGAAUUCACCCCGCUCUUCCAGUCAGCUGUCAUCCUUGUUUGCAAACAAAGCUACCGUGCCCGCAUGUUUUCACUGUCGUUUGGGUUGUCUGUUGCAUGACUCGUUUGUCGCUAUGGGGGAAAACGUCGACAAUGAGAUAAUCGAACAUCACGUUGAUGAAGAGAUGGAGAAGAGAAGAACAACCAGUCAUGCCUCUUCGUUUAUCGGGAGUCUUACUCCGCUUGAACGGGAGGGACACUCGAGCACGCAGUCUUCGCACCGACUACUUGCUUAUAGCGACGCGCUUAUUUCGAUCAUAGCCACUGUAAUGAUAUUACCUGUUGCUCAUACAAAAGUGGAAGAUACUGAGGAACUAAAGGAGAGUUUACAAGCCCUACUCUCAACCAAAAUCGCUGUCUAUCUGAUGACGUUCUUGAUAGUCAGUGUGGCGUGGGCCGCCCAUAUCAGGUUGUUUCAAGUGAUCGAGCGUAUUGAUGACUGCCUUGCACUUCUCAAUCUGGCCUGCAUGAUGUUGAUAACAUUUCUUCCAUACACAUUUUCUCUCAUGGCAACCUUUCCUGAGCACAUCCUAGGAAUCCUCCUGUUCUGUGCGUGUGUCAUGGUGAUUGGACUGAUUCAGUCAGUUAUAGUGUUGUACGGCUUCAGCCGUCCGUUCCUCCUGAACGACCAGAUCCAGAUCUCGGAGAACCAGGUGUUCUACAAGCACCACAUCCUCAAAGUCAUCAUGAGGGUUCCCAUCAUGUGCUUCUUCGCCAGCAUCUUAUCUUUCAUCUUCUUCCAGCUGUCCUACGUGAUACUAGCUGUAGUCAUCUUCCUGCCCUACAUCACAGAGUCUUUGAAAUGGUGUCGUAGCAAGGCUAUAGGCCAAGUGGAAGAGACGCCAGACUCGGUGUUGUUCUACACCUACCGCCCCAACGAACCACUGACCAAAGAGCGCGUGGAGGCCUUCAGCGACGGAGUCUACGCCAUCGUCGCCACACUCCUCAUUUUGGAUAUAUGCGAGGACAACGUCCCCACCCCCAGUGUGGUACAGAAGAAGUAUGGAGGCAGCCUGAUAGCUGCCCUGCAGGACUACGGCCCAGAAUACCUGGCCUACUUCGGUUCCUUCGCCACUGUGGGCCUCCUGUGGUUUGUCCACCACUCUCUCUUUCUCCAUGUCACCAAGACCACGCGCUUCAUGGGCUUGCUAAACACCUUAUCACUGGCCUUCGUCGGAGGCCUUCCACUAGCGUACACUCUAACCCACGAGUUCCCCCGCAACUCCCGCAACGAACUGGAAGCUAUCCAGAUUAGCUGCGUUAUCAUUUUCUUCGCGGGCGUGUUCCAGCUGGCGAUUUGGGUCGCGGCUCUGUUUAACGAGCGCGAGACACUGCACCCGUAUGUCAGGUACGGAGGUCGAGAUCACGCGUUUAUGUUCGCCAAGCUGGCGCUGUAUCCGUGCGUCGCGCUCGGAGCAUUUUUCGUGACGUGCGUUUUGAGUCGGUUCAGCGCUUCGAUAUUUCACUUGAUGCAAGUCACGGUGCCUUUUGCUUUCCUGUUGUUGAGGUUGUUGGUGCGCGGUGGGCUUGCGCUGCUGCGCCUGGUCUUCUGUCCGGACAGGUCGGACCAGAGGAGCACCCUGGAGGACGAAGAGGACGGGGCCAGGAUGCCGUUUAACGCUCUCGUAACUUAGCCUUCGAUGCACCGAUAGCAAAGCCGUAAAUGGGCCUGACGCAACUUUGGUGUCAAUCAAGUAUCGUUUCUAAAAAGCGUAACGAAACCCGCCAGUUUCAGCCUCGUUCCGCCCCUUUCAAAAGAUGCUUUCUGGUGAAAAGUUGCAAGCGGGGGUUUUUUUUUUCAAUCAUUCAUAUUCGUUUACGGGGUAGAUUACAUGCUCUAAAUCACACUUUGACACAUCCAAUAAUGUUAAUAAUGCUUGCUAGCUGGUUAAAAGAUAGAAACGAAGAUGAUGGGGAGGAUUUUUCCCCACCUAACACCCCUUCCACUGAUUGCCAUGGGAAAGGGGCGGGGGGGGGAGAUGCUGGCGAUGUGUCUGAUUGGCUGGUAGGUGGCAUUUAACUCUGUAUAACUCGAGACAGCUAUCAGCUCGGCAGAAAAACUCACGGCGAAUGCGUGAGACUUAAGAGCCUGCUGAGGUUUUAUUGCCUGAUUGCAUUGGAAUUCAUUUCAGGCCAGGUUUCACUUUCGGUUUUCAAUUUCAAGCAUUGAUGUGAAGAAUGUGACAUGAAACCUAUGCUAUUCUCAUCAAGUGGUCGUAGUGUCAUCAACUGAAAUGAAAUUGGUCUUGAAUGUUGAAUUUCAAAAGGUAGCAAUGAUACAAAACACAACCAAAGGCUCUGCUAUUUAUUAUUUAAAAUUUCUUGCAUUUAAAGAAUUUACAAUGCCUGGUUUAUUGUUCAGUAGCGAACAGUCAGAUUAAAAUAUUCCUUUUUAACGCAGUGCUGAGUGAAAAAUAUUCAGUCACUCAAAUGAAAGCCAUUCUGUACUGUAGCCUAUACAGUACAGCUAGGAAAAGGUGUAGGAUACUGAACGUCAUGUUGAAAUGUAAAUCUGUUAAAGAUGUACACACUCUUUAAUUGCACAUAUCCUCGUUUAUUGUACCCGUACUGUAGAUUAUGUUUUGUUUUUUGUUCAAGAUAUUGUUUUGAAGUUUAAGGAAAAUAAUCUGUUGUGAAAGUGUAUACUGUAGCAGUUAUCAGGACCUGAAUGUACAGGUGCAUGGGCAUUCUAACAACAGUGACAUUGACAUCUAUGUAGUGAGCCUACCUUACCCUAUCUACUUCUGGGAAAUCCCAAGAAACGCCCUGUGAUAUACAGUAGGUGUGGUACAACAGAACAUUCUCCUUCCUGUUUUGGUAGAAGGUGUGUGUAAGAGUCGAAGAAACUGCCUAUCGCAACAGUUUCUGAGUCAAUAUUUUCCACAAAUUAGCGCAUUACAUAUCAAUGAGGCCAUUGUGAUUUAAAUGUUAAAGGACAUACAUUUUAGUAACGACUCUAAAUGCAAUGUUGUAGGCCCUAUUGGAUGUCAUGUAAAAUAUUUAAUGAAUUUAUUUUGCCUGGUGUUUUCCACAAGAGGUCACUGUUUAAUUCAUUUUGCCAUGAAACUGAGGGGUAAUGUCUUGCUGCUUUUGUGCUUGAUGUGCGUGUUUUAUUAAGAUGACAUGGAUAAUCAAAUCCACAAAGCACUUUAACCUGAAUGCGUAGGCUUACUUGUUUGCCUGCGAUAGCCUACUUUAAUGUCUAAAUAUCCUGUAACAAAUUAAACGUGAAAAGAUUUGUAACAUUGUGAAUAUAUUAUAUUGUUACGUAUUUCAUGAA